AACAGCUUGUUUUUGUUGAUGUUUUACGUGAUUGUAAAGGCCUUAAAGGCGAUACCAUGUCCGUGUGAAGGUACAGCACAGAGGUGCACGUGUAGGGGAGACUCGGGAGGUUUAGGGGAGAUUUGUAGUGACCGCUUCACCUUCCGGGUUUGAUUGUUUACGCCGCGGUAAGUGAUGCAGACUGCUGACUUAAUAGUGACACGAGAAGGUCAUCGACUUCCUGUUUGUCUAGUCUCACGUUUCAGCUGUAACAUUACUCCUUAGCAUCUCUCCAUGGAAAGCCUGCUUUGCCCUCCAUACUGACUGAGCUGUGCAGUUGCAGUUUAAGAACAUUAUCCCCCUCUAAUCCACUUUGCCUUCUGCCACAUGCAGGUGGACAGACUGUCAGAUGGAGCAGGGUGCCACAAUCAAACACCCGCGUCCAUGUUUAAUUGCUCAUUUAUUGUGGAGCAUUUCUCAUAUUGAACUUUGAUGCUGGAUUUCAUCUGUUGUUUUUAAGUCAACUUAAUUAACUACUAAGUAUAAUUAGCAGUAAGCAGUCUUCUACUCAGACAUGGAGGACGAUAUACGACAACAGAAGCUGGACAACCAGCGAACCCUCCUGAUGAAAAAGCAGCAGAAGAAGAGGGCUGAUUCUCAAAUGGUGGUAGCCAAUCGGGAUGCUCGCCAAAAAAAACAAAAGCACAAAGCUGCCCGCUCGGAUGAAACCCCUCUGUUGAUCAGCCAAUCCCUGAGCAACACUUCCCUGAGUGAUCAAGUUGAACAUGCCCAUGAUAACCCAUUGGAUGAGAUCACAUUAGGGGAAUACAACAUGACAGAAAGCGUGACGUUCGAUGAGAUGCCUUCAGAGAAUCCUAAUACUCCCAAGAACAUGAACUUGGAGCUUAACAAAGAGCCUGAGGUGGAGCCUGAAGUGGAGAAUGAUGCUCAGGCUGAGGGGGAACAGACAGAGAAGAAAGAAAUGAAAAAAGAAAAAGCCAAACAGAUGGACGAGAACGAUGAAAAGGAGAAAAAGGAGAAAAAAGCAAAGAAGAAAGACAAAGUGAAAGAAUUGGAAGAUCCACAGAAGACACACAAGACAACCAAACAAGAGCGUAAAAAGAAGCACUUGCAGGAGGCUUCAACCCAGGAGACAGAGUCAGUGGUGGAUGUGGCAAGUCCCAAGAAGAAUAAAUGUGGUGAGAGCAACGAUGAAGAGGAAGAUGGGGCCCAGAGGCCUUGCCCUCAGUCGCCUAAGAGGAAAAAACAACUCGACACAACCAUGUGCCAAAUAAGUGACGAUAGCAAAGACGAGGAAAUUCUGGAAAAGGAGAAAAAGGAGAAAAAGACAAAGAAAGCAGAGAAGAAUACGCAGAGUCUCGCUUCCCUUAACUCCAACUACAGGAAGGGUUCAUCCUCGGACAGUGAACCUGAUGAAAGAUCCACAUCUCCAAUGUCAGUGGAGGAUCUGGAGAAGUUUGCUUUGCGUCCAGCCCCCAGAGAUGCAACAAUCCAGUGCAGAGUCACCAGAGACAGGAGAGGCAUGGAGAAGGGCAUCUACCCGACUUACUACCUCCACAUGGAGAAGGAGGACGGCAAGAGGGUGUUUCUAAUGGCAGGCAGAAAAAGAAAGAAGUGCAAAACAUCCAACUAUCUCAUCUCCACGGACCCGACCAAUCUGUCCAGAGAUACAAACUGCUACAUAGGAAAACUAAGGUCCAAUAUUCUGGGCACAAAGUUCACAGUCUACGACGGAGGUGAAAACCCCGAGAAAAAGCCGUUCGUCAAAGAGAGCGAAUCAGUGCGGCAAGAGCUGGCAGCAAUUUGCUACGAGACCAAUGUUCUGGGAUUCAAGGGUCCCAGGAAAAUGACAGUGAUCAUCCCUGGCAUGUUGGAGAACGAUGAAAGAGUGUCACUUCGUCCCAAAAAUGAACUUGAUACUCUACUGGCCCGCCAUGCAAACAGCAACACAGAAAAACUGGUCACGCUGGCGAACAAAUGCCCGAGCUGGAACGAACAGACUCAGUCAUUUGUGCUUAACUUCCACGGCCGUGUCACCCAGGCCUCCGUCAAGAACUUCCAGAUCAUCCACCCUGACAACGAGGAUUACAUCGUGAUGCAGUUUGGCCGUGUAGCGGAGGACGUCUUCUCCAUGGAUUACAGUUUCCCCAUGUGUGCCCUGCAAGCCUUUGCCAUCACCCUGUCGUCCUUUGAUGGUAAACUGGCCUGUGAGUGACCCAUGCCGGUGUGCCUCAAGUGCUUAACUAGAUCCCUGAUCUACUGUAGAUACACUGAGUUUAUGUUAAAACUACACCCACAGGGUCAUUCUUCAUGGUGUGUGCGCAUGGUGCAUUGUAACAUUUUGUAAACACUUAACAUGGGAAAAAAACCCAAACAUGCCACAGACUUCAGAAGAGCCUUGUUUUAUAGGUCCAGUAUUAUUUUACAGCAGAUUUUAUAUUGAAGUGGAAUAAGUCAUUUAACUGUCUUUCUUUUUAUAUUUGCCAGCUGUGUAAAGGACUCGUGCAAUUAAAAUAUUGAGGACAACUGUGUAAACACUACAAGUGAAAUAUUAAAUGAUCAUACAAGGUU